GGGAGUGUGUAGCUAACAUUAUAAUAGUGCGAAAUUGCUGAAAUACGGCAGCGUGCAUCCCGAACCUCCGUAGCCUUGCGCAGACAACCGUUUUGAGAAGGCGACCUCAAACUCAAGCCGGUCCUGUGAAGAUACUCAAUUGUACGCAGCAAAAACCAUCAUGACCUGCUGAAUAUAAGAGUCGCAAAAAAUUGCCACAACCAUGGGUGCCAGGCGUUCCUUCUUUUCUCCUCUUGCAAGCGCAAGCGGUUUCCCUCUUUCCACAACAGUGCAUUUCAACUUUUUGCCCUCGCUUUCUGCACUGCAUUUGGACCCCUGCAGCACUGCCGGCGUACUGUGCGACACAAAGUGCGGGACGACCCAUGUACCCGUCCUUGGUCGUGAGGUCGUGUGCCUCGUCCCUGACUCGGGCGGGCACACGACCGGCACCACGCCUGCGCGCACUACCCUCUCUUUUCCUCUCAGCCUUCCAACAACAACAACAACCGACCCCCGCCGCCCAACCCCAGAGUAGAUGGAGCUCGCACUCGCCGAUGGGCUCGCCGCCGGCCAACCCGCGGAAGAAGGUCACCAUCGGCACGCUCCGGGCGCUGUACAAAAAGGGUGAGCCCAUCACCAUGAUCACGGCCCACGACUUCCCCAGCGCGCACGUCGCCGAUGCCGCCGGCAUGGACGUUGUCCUGGUCGGCGACAGCCUGGCCAUGGUCGCGCUCGGGAUGGAGGACACGAGUGAGGUCGUGCUGGAGGAGAUGCUGAUGCACUGCCGGUCCGUUGCUCGUGCCACCAAGGCUGCCUUCACUAUUGGCGACCUUCCCAUGGGAUCAUACGAGACCGGCCCCACGCAGGCGCUGCAGACAGCAAUUCGGUUCAUCAAGGAGGGCCGCGUGCAAGGCGUCAAGCUGGAGGGUGGCAAGGAGAUGGCUCCCUCGAUCGAGAAGAUCACCACCGCCGGCAUUCCUGUCCUGGGCCAUGUAGGCUUGACCCCCCAACGGCAAAAUGCCCUCGGUGGCUUCCGCGUCCAGGGUAGGACCUCGGCGGCCGCGAUGAAGGUGCUCGAGGAUGCCCUCGCCGUCCAGGAAGCCGGGUGCUUCGCAGUCGUGCUCGAAGCCGUCCCUGCUGAGGUUGCCACCAUCAUCACACAAAAGCUGUCGAUUCCGACCAUCGGGAUAGGCGCCGGGAACGGCUGCUCCGGUCAAGUCCUUGUGCAGGUCGACAUGACGGGCAACUUCCCGCCCGGCAGGUUCCUCCCCAAGUUCGUCAAGAGGUACGGCGAUGUUUGGUCCGAAAGCCUCCGGGCCAUCGAGGCGUACCGCGACGAGGUGAAGAGCCGGCAGUAUCCCGCCCCUGAGCACACAUAUCCGAUCGCGCAAGAGGAACUGAAGAGCUUCGCGGAAGCCGCCAAGGGCCUGUGAGAACAGACUUUGGUUUUCACAAUUUUCGGCGUGGGCGUCGUAUAGACGUAGGUGAAGCAUGAUGGUGGCUAAGCAUAACGGCAUCGGGCGGCGUUUUUUGAUAGCAUCUUGGCGGAUACCAUUUGUUGCUAGCAAUUCCUGUAGAAGCGUAGCGGCAUGCUUCCGGGGUUGGUG